AUGAUGGACUCGAAGGUCGAGUAUGUGGCGGAGGACCUGGACGCGACAACCACUCUGGAGGAUGCCAAAUCGGUUGGCAGCGAUGAUGCCCUGCUCAUGUCCAUGGGCAAGAAGCCCGAGUUGCGACGUGUCUACAACUUCUGGACGUUGUGCGCAUACCAGAUUAUGAUAUCGUGCAGUUGGUCCUGCUUGGUGGUCCUCUACUCGACCAUCUUCGACGUUGGCGGCCCUUUUGCGCUCGUAUGGGGCACUCUCUUCGUCGCCGUCGGCCAGACUCUCCUGAUGAUGUCCCUGGCCGAAUACUGCAGCAUAUGGCCGACAGCAGGCGGUCAGCAAUACUACGUCCAGGCCGUGGCAACCGGCAAGCUGCGGCCUAUCUUGUCGUAUCUCGUCGGCUGGGCGGUCAUUGUCGGCGAAAUCAGCACGGGAUCCAGCUGUGCGUUGAAUAGCGCAGAAAUCAUUGCAUCUUUUGUGGAGGUCACGCACCCGGAUUUUGAGUGGAAGGCCUGGAUGACAUGGAUUAUCUACACAGCUUUCCUCAUCGGUCCCAUUGUCAUGAACUUGAAGCAAUGGCUUCCGGGAAUGAACAUGUUUGGCGCCAUCUGGACCAUCGCGGGCGGCAUCGCGUGGGUCAUCGUCUUUGCCGUCAUGGCACCCAAGCACGACGCCAAAUUCAUCUUCACAAAGUUCAUCAACAACUCCGGGUACACGAGCGCCGGCUGGGUGUUUAUCAUGUCAUUCUAUUCGCCCAUGUACGGCCUAUACGGCACCGAUGGCAUGAUGCAUCUUGUUGAAGAGAUGAGGAAUGCCUCCAGGGACGCUCCACGCGUGAUGGUCUGGUCGAUGAUCUUCUGCAGCAUUACCAGCUGGCUCGGCGCGAUCGUUCUGCUAUGGACAGCUGGCAAUUGGCAAGAGUACAUGCUCGCAUCCCAACCGUACAUGAACUGGUGGAUGGACAUCUGCCACAGCGUGUACGGCGGCGGCAUCUUCUGCGCGCUGAUCAUGAUCGGGCUCAACUUCUUUAUUAUUGUUGGCACCAACAACGCCGGCUCCCGCCUGGCCUGGAGCAUGGCCCGCGACAAGGCCUUUCCUUACUCCAAAUACUUUGCGCAUGUGAGCGAGCGCUUCCACAUCCCGCUGCGGGCCAUGAUUGCCAUUUUGGUCGUGGACUUGGUGAUCGGCCUCAUCGUGCUCGGGAGUGACCUUGCUUUCGAGUCGAUCAUUUCCGGCGGAGGCGUGACUCUGCAGAUUGGCUAUGUGACGCCGGUGAUAGUGGUCCUCCUCCGCGGCCGCAAAAUCCUCCCUCCCCGCCCGCACUUCGACCUCGGCCGCUGGGGCUACCCGAUCAACAUCAUCUCGGUAUGCUGGUCCCUGAUCAUCAUCGUCAUGUACCUGUGCCCGCUCUACGUGCCCGUCACGAUCGCCAACAUCGACUACAUGAACUGGUCAUGCCUGAUUGUCGGGGCGACCAUUCUGUUUCCGGGCAUCUACUGGGUCUGGCGCGCCCGGUUCCGCUACAUCAAGGAGGGGAACAGCGUGCUGGAGGAUAAUGUCGUGUACAUUGAUGGCGUGGCUGUUGCGGGGGCGCAGGCGUUGGGUGCAAGGGGUGGGAAAUGA